AUCAAACUUGGGAGCAGCAGUAGCAGCCUACCCUGUGUUUUGCAGAGGAGUGAGCCAGCGAGCAAGAAGAGAAGGAGAUUGAGAAUGGCGGCGAGCUAUCUGUGGAGGAAAUACGCAGAUUACUUGUAUACAAAGUGGGAAAGAACAAUUCUUUGGGAUAUGAUAGAGCCCUACAGGAGACCAAAAUCAUUCACUCCUCUUGUUACCAUUUAUGUUGCUGCCUUUUACACUGGUGUCAUAGGCUCUGCCCUCACUGAGCAACUAUACAAGGAGAAAUACUGGGAGGAUCACCCUGGUGAAGCAGUGCCUCUGAUGAAGCCAAAGUUCUAUUCUGGUCCUUGGAAGAUUCUAAGAGGAGAAGUACCCACUUAGUGAAUACACAGCAGAAAAAGAGUUUUUUUUUAUAUACUUUCUUCCCAUUUACUUGCCGUCUCGAUUGUUUAGAUCAAGGUCGGUCUGUAAUCUUGCUAACGUCAAUAAAGCUGUAGCCAUGAUGCUUCAUUAGUUUUAUGUGUGAAAA